GUGCUGCUAAAUCCAGUCCGGCUUCUAAACCAGGAUCAACACCUUCUCGCCCAUCUUCAGCAAAAAAAGCUGCACCGAGCAGCUCAGCAUCCAAAUCAGAUAAAGAUUUGGAAACUCAAGUCAUACAGCUCAGUGAACAGGUACAUUCAUUAAAACUUGCACUUGAAGGCGUGGAGAAGGAAAGGGAUUUCUACUUUGGCAAAUUAAGGGAGAUUGAACUUCUCUGCCAGGAACACGGGGGAGAGAAUAAUGACCUUGUCAAUCGGCUAAUGGAAGUCCUUUACGCUUCAGAAGAACACGAGGGCCACACAGAAGAGCAUGAAGGUGAAGAGCAAGUCCAUGAACAGCCCCAGCAGCAGGAGGAGUACUGACUCACCCAGCGUCUCUGACAAUUUUCGUUUUGUGUGAGAACUUUCUUCUGGAGAAUGGAACAUGUGCGGCCUCAAACUUGAAAUCAGUUCACUCCCAGUCUGCCAUUAACAUUUAUGUACCAUAGUGAGUGCCAGCCAACCACUGCAUUCUGUACCCAUACUUUGCCAAGGUGCAUUUGCAGACGUCUUCUUUCGGUGUAUCUUCCCAAGAGGUUGUAGGGCUACAUCACCUACUGUACAUCACUGCAACUUCACCACUUGGCUGCUUGAGAUUUGUUCUGCUCUUUUAAAAAAAUAUAUAUAUUUAUUUUUUUUUCUUUUUCGUCUUAAGUAUGAUACACUUGUAACUUGUUCUAACAUAUUUAUAUUGGCAUUUUGUGUGGCAAGAAGUACCGUACCACUAGCUGUGUCUCUCACUUUGUGGUGCUUUCGCGUUUUUUAGUACAUCUUCCUUGGGGCAUAAAUUCGGUCGAACAAUUGGAAUAAAGGGAUACAGUGGAAGUCAUACUCAAGCCAUAACGAUGAGGUGUGUUGUGGAGGAAAAUGCUCCUGUUGCUCACGUUUAUUCCUUUCCUGCCUUUACAAAAUGGAAGGCAGAGCAUCUGUUUCACUAGGAGAAAUUUAAGUCCCUGUGUUAGAAAGCUUGUUAGAAAGCUGCAUGGUAUGUUUUUUGGCUUAUUUCUGGAGGAACAGACAUCCACUUAAGUUUUUUGAAAACCCUCCCAGUUUCCUGACUAGUCAAUAGACAUUUCCCAGCUUUUCUUCCUUCCUGAGGAAUCCAGUCCCAGCCUCCAGCUGCAGCUCUGCAGAGGAGAGCUCAGUGCUAAUGGAGGAGAGAAAUCUCCUAGACACAAGCGUAGCUGCAGGACACGAUCUCUGCCGUCGUACUUGGCUUCCCACCCCUCAGAAGAGGACAAAGUAGGCCAGCCAUUUCUUUUCACUAUCCUUCCCUCCCUCUGCUGCCCCGGCCGUACAA